CCGCCGCCUCUUCAGCACCCCGCGGAGAUGUCAGCUCCUGCUGCUGCUGCACCCCCCGCUGCUGGAGGAGAGGGGGGUGGCCCUCCUCCCCCACCCCCCAACCUCACCAGUAACAGAAGACUCCAGCAAACACAGGCGCAGGUCGAUGAGGUGGUGGACAUCAUGCGGGUGAAUGUGGACAAGGUGCUCGAGAGGGAUCAGAAACUUUCGGAGCUGGAUGACCGCGCAGACGCCCUGCAGGCCGGAGCCUCCCAGUUCGAAACCAGUGCCGCCAAGCUGAAACGCAAGUACUGGUGGAAGAAUCUAAAGAUGAUGAUAAUUCUGGGGGUGAUAUGCACCAUUAUCUUGAUCAUUAUCAUCGUCUACUUCAGCACUUAGUGGAAUCUACGGAGCCAUUUCCCAUCCAGGAGCAGCGGCCGGGAGAGGCGCGAGGGGGGUGACGCAUCCCCCCCUCCUCUAGAUCUCAGCCAUAUCUUCCAGCCCCGCCCCCCCACACC